AGACCCCAGUUGAUUAAAAAGUGCAAGAAAUUGUUGGCCUUCAACACACUUAGAGAUCAAAAGAAAAUGAAUCCAGUUGAUGAUGAAAUUUUCUCAUCUGAUUUUGAUUUACUUGAAUCAAUAAAACAACACCUUCUAAGCGAUUCCGAUUUUUCCGAUUUCUUUUCGCCUAUGAGCCAUUCAAACAACCUCGAUUCACCUAAUAGUCCAAGCUCAAGUUUAGGUAGCACUCAAAACAGCCUUGAGGAAAUAACAGUACUACAAUCACCUCAGGAUCCUUCACUCGAAUCCGAGGACCGGAAGCGGGGCCUAGAGGUGGCGCGUCAGGAAGCCGCGCCAGGAGAUUGGAUGCGAUAUAUAGGAGUGAGAAGACGGCAAUGGGGUACGUUCGCGGCUGAGAUAAGAGACCCGAAUAGAAAAGGCGCGAGGUUGUGGCUAGGAACUUAUGAGAAACCUGAAGAUGCAGCAUUGGCUUAUGACCAAGCCGCAUUCAAAAUGCGCGGCUCUAAAGCUCGGCUUAAUUUUCCUCAUUUGAUUGGUCCGGACAUGCCUAUGCUGGUUAGAGUAAAAGGGAGUCGUCGUGCACACUCUUCUGAAUCCUCUUCAUCCUCAUCCUCAUCCUCCUCCUCCUCCUCCUCGACUUCAUCCACAUCAUCGGAAAAAGGGGCAAGGAAAAGGAAAAUAGAUGUCAUAAAUUCCAUAGCUAAAGCUAAAUUAGUUCGUCAUAGUUUAAUUAAAUUACAGAUGUUGUAAUUUCGUGAUUCUCUUUUGUUGCCCUUUUUCUAAUGAAAUUACUUAGACGGAUAAA